UCUCGCCGACGCACAAUGUCAAAGACAGUAAAGUCACCAUAGAGCGACUGAGAUGUUUGUUUUUACUUAAUAUCACCUCUUUUUUUGUAAAAGUCAGACUGACGCAGCUCUAUUGGGUACGUGGUGUAUUGUUAUUUUUUAUAGAUCAUUUGUGUUUAACGUGGAGGUUCUUUGUGUGGUGGAACCCACGCGACGCGAUGCGCCUCACGCUGCGGAUGCUAAUCUCCCACGGCCGGGUGGCCAGGAGGAUGGGCCUGGGCCCGUCCCGCAUCAACAUGCUCCGGAACAUCCUGACUGGACUGGUCCGACACGAGAGGAUAGAAACCACGAAGGUCAGAGCCGAUGAAGUCCGAUUCUACGCCGAGAAGCUGAUCGACUAUGCCAAGAAAGGAGACACAGAUGAGAAGGCGAUGAAAAUGGCCAGUUUUUGGCUCACGGAAAAGGAUCUCGUCCCGAAGCUCUUUAAAGUCCUCGCUCCGCGUUUUGAAAACCAUUCAACUGGCUACACGCGGAUGGCUCGGAUCCCCAACAGAGAGAACCUGGACAGAGCCCAGAUGGCUGUGUUGGAGUACAAAGGCAACCCGUUUCCACCUCUUUAUCCUGUGAAGAAGGAAAAUGAACUGACUCUCAUCAACCAGCUCCUCAAAGGCUACAGAGAGGAAAGGGCGAGGGCAAAACUGUUGGCUACUGAAGCCUAAAUACUUCCAUGUUUUUGUUUUCUCAGGUUGUAGAAAGAGCCUCAUUACAUCUUCACAUGUCCAGUUUUAAAACUCCAAUGUGAUCUGAAAACAAGAACUGAUCUGUAAAAUAAUAAUUCUGAUUGUGAUAAUAAAGUUUAAUUUUCCAAACUAAA